CACUCCGUCGCCGUUGCACUCGUCCAAAACCCCGCUCCUGUCAAGAAACUCGACAAGGAGUGAAGUGUUACGGUGUCCGUACGGUGUUUGCGUCAAGUGGAAUUUCUUUCUUUUCAAGUGAAUCUCGCACAAAAGUUCAAGCGCCGCCACGACCGUCGCAGUUUAUUCAACUUUUCUCUGUUAAGUGCGUUCGCAGGGCGGAAAUCGAGGCAGAAAAUUCCGUUUGCAACGAACCCCUCCAAGGUAAAGUUUGAUUGGUCCCAAUUGCAAUAAGAAAAUCGAAGAAGUUCGCGAGUUCUGUGUGCAUAUUCAAGAAUUCCUUCUGCGUUGUGGCCCGAGACGGAGAAAAUCGGGACGCGGAAGUGAGCAAAAGACUUUUUAGUGCGGGCGGAAAGUUGCGGUCGAGGAAAACUUGUGCCAGCAGCAUUUCCACGCAGCUCGGGAGGAAAAGCGGAAAAGUCGGGCAAUUGUGCUGCCGUUGCAAUUAUGGAGUCAUUGUCAAUAACAUGGUGACUUAUUAAACCAAUCAAAACCAUAGACAUAUGUGUUUGAACGACGCGACAACUUAACACAAAAUCCACAAAACUCGAUGAUAGUUCUCAUAUUAAUUUUAUGCAGGCUUAUGCUAUUUGUAGCAGCAUUAGUGGGGCGAGCCCUUAACAAUUUAUUAACGUGUACAGGCGAACCGCCGAAUACUACUCAAAUACGGAAGGUAACGUUUUCGAACGAAAAAUUCAUCAUGGAAAACGGUGUAACUGAAGAGUUGGAUAGUAACAGUAACGGAAUGGCAGAGAAUCCUGGAAGGCCAAAUUUUCUGGUGGGCGAUGAUGCCGAAACUAUUCAAGAGGCUACUGAAGCUGUUGAUGAAUUUCCCCAAAAAAUCGAAAAUGAUUUUAAACAGCUGACGGAAAAAAGAAAAAGGCUAAGGCCCAGUAUGUCGAGAGGCACCGGCCUUGGCAUGGAACGAUAUCAAGAACGAGAUUUUGUAAUAUCCACAACGGAAGAAUUUGUAAAACGAUUUGGCGGCACUCGGGUGAUAAAUAAGGUUUUAAUCGCUAAUAAUGGAAUUGCGGCUGUGAAAUGCAUGCGUUCGAUUAGACGAUGGUCAUAUGAAAUGCUGAAAAAUGAACGUGCUGUUCGUUUCGUUGUGAUGGUCACACCGGAAGAUUUGAAAGCAAACGCCGAAUACAUCAAAAUGGCCGAUCAUUAUGUACCAGUUCCAGGAGGCUCAAAUAAUAACAAUUAUGCCAACGUAGAAUUAAUUGUUGAUAUUGCACUAAGGACUCAAGUCCAGGCCGUUUGGGCUGGAUGGGGUCAUGCAUCAGAAAAUCCCAAACUUCCUGAACUUCUCAAUAAAGAAGGUUUAGUAUUCUUGGGACCACCAGAUCGUGCCAUGUGGGCUUUAGGUGACAAAGUUGCUUCUUCAAUUGUCGCACAAACUGCCGAUAUUCCAACGUUACCAUGGUCUGGGUCAGAACUUAAAGCUCAAUAUAGUGGUAAAAAGAUCAAAAUCUCCAGUGAAUUGUUUGCACGCGGUUGCGUAACAACAGCAGAACAAGGCUUGGCAGCGGCGAGUAAAAUAGGUUUUCCGGUUAUGAUUAAGGCAUCCGAAGGUGGUGGUGGCAAAGGUAUCAGACGGGUAGACUUAGCUGAAGAUUUCCCAGCGCAUUUUCGACAGGUUCAAGCUGAGGUGCCUGGUUCGCCAAUAUUCGUAAUGAAAUUGGCGCGUGGCGCGCGUCACUUGGAGGUGCAACUUUUGGCCGAUCAGUACGGGAAUGCCAUCAGUUUGUUCGGCCGUGACUGCUCAAUUCAAAGAAGACAUCAAAAAAUUAUUGAAGAGGCUCCAGCUAUUGUUGCGCAUCCAGAGGUGUUCGAGGAUAUGGAAAAGGCUGCUGUUAGGUUAGCAAAAAUGGUAGGAUAUAUUAGUGCUGGUACUGUCGAAUAUCUUUACGACGAAGAAGGUCGGUACUUUUUCCUGGAAUUGAAUCCACGUCUGCAAGUCGAGCAUCCUUGUACCGAAAUGGUUGCUGAUGUGAAUUUACCAGCUUGCCAACUGCAGAUUGGAAUGGGUAUUCCACUAUACCGUAUAAAAGAUAUUCGUCUCCUCUAUGGUGAAUCGCCUUGGGGUUCAUCUCUAAUCGAUUUCGAAAAUCCAACCAACAAACCACGACCAUGGGGCCAUGUAAUCGCCGCACGUAUUACGUCUGAAAAUCCAGACGAAGGUUUCAAACCAAGUUCUGGAACUGUUCAAGAGCUUAACUUCCGCUCAAGUAAAAACGUUUGGGGAUACUUCAGUGUGGCUGCAUCCGGUGGAUUGCAUGAAUACGCGGACUCACAAUUCGGUCACUGCUUCUCGUGGGGCGAAAAUCGACAACAAGCUAGAGAGAAUUUGGUAAUCGCCUUGAAGGAACUUUCAAUUCGGGGAGAUUUCAGGACAACAGUAGAAUAUCUAAUCACACUUUUGGAAACCAAUAGCUUCUUGGACAACACCAUCGACACUGCCUGGCUUGAUGCCUUAAUUGCUGAACGUGUUCAAUCCGAGAAACCUGAUAUUCUUUUAGGUGUAGUAUGUGGGGCAAUGCAUAUUGCUGAUAGGCAAAUAACAGAGGCUUUCAACAGUUUCCAAACUUCAUUGGAAAAAGGACAAAUCCAAGCUGCCAACACACUAACUAACGUUAUCGACGUGGAGUUAAUACACGAAGGAAUUCGUUACAAAGUACAAGCCGCCAAAAGUGCUCCUAACUCCUACUUCCUAUUUAUGAACAAUUCAUUCAAAGAGGUCGAUGUACAUCGCCUAUCCGACGGUGGUAUGCUGCUCUCCUUCGAAGGUGCCAGUUACACAACAUACAUGAAAGAAGAGGUUGACCGAUACCGAAUUGUUAUCGGAAAUCAAACGUGCGUGUUCGAAAAAGAAAACGACCCUUCAUUGCUGCGCAGUCCAUCCGCUGGUAAACUGAUUAACUUGUUAGUCGAAGAAGGUGCACAUGUGAACAAGGGCCAACCUUAUGCUGAAAUCGAAGUCAUGAAAAUGGUAAUGACCUUAACUUCACAAGAAGCUGGUACUGUAUCGUUUGUGCGGCGUCCGGGUGCCGUACUGGAUGCCGGAGCGUUGCUUGGUCAUUUGGAACUAGACGACCCUUCACUUGUCACUAAAGCACAACCUUACAAGAGUCCAUUCCCACCUGUUGAAAACCCUUCUAUACCAGAAAAACUCAACCGAGUCCAUAGCAGUUACAAGUUGAUUCUGGAAAGCACAUUGGCUGGUUUUUGUCUUCCUGACCCGUACAAUGCUCCGCGUUUGCGUGAGGUUAUUGAGAAAUUCAUGCAAAGCUUGCGAGAUCCAUCUCUACCUCUACUGGAAUUGCAAGAAGUGAUUGCUUCAAUUUCUGGUCGCAUUCCAAUUUCAGUAGAGAAGAAAAUCCGCAAGCUCAUGGGGCUGUACGAGCGCAAUAUAACCAGUGUCCUAGCUCAAUUCCCAUCGCAACAAAUUGCAAGUGUGAUCGACAGUCAUGCCGCCACCCUCCAGAAGAGAGCGGAUCGCGAUGUAUUCUUUAUGACAACACAAGGCAUUGUACAACUGGUUCAGCGAUAUCGCAAUGGAAUUCGCGGUAGAAUGAAGGCUGCUGUCCAUGAAUUGUUGAGACAAUACUAUGAUGUUGAGUCGCUAUUCCAACAUGGACACUAUGACAAAUGUGUAGCCGCCAUUCGAGAUAAAUACAAGGACGAUAUGCAAACUGUUGUUGGCACAAUUUUCUCUCAUAGUCAAGUCGCGAAAAAGAACCUUUUGGUUACUCUCCUGAUUGACCAUUUGUGGGCCAAUGAACCUGGUCUGACCGAUGAAUUGGCUGCCACGUUAAGUGAGCUUACAUCCUUGAACAGAGCGGAACACUCACGAGUAGCUCUACGAGCACGUCAAGUCCUCAUCGCUGCUCAUCAGCCGGCGUAUGAACUUCGCCAUAAUCAAAUGGAAUCAAUCUUCUUAUCCGCCGUUGACAUGUACGGUCAUGAUUUCCAUCCUGAAAAUCUCCAACGUCUCAUUCUAUCAGAAACCUCAAUCUUCGAUAUUCUUCACGAUUUCUUCUAUCAUUCGAAUCGUGCUGUCUGUAAUGCUGCCUUAGAAGUCUACGUUCGUCGUGCCUACAUUUCAUACGAAUUGACAUGUUUGCAACAUUUAGAAUUGUCGGGAGAAGUGCCUUUGGUUCAUUUCCAAUUCCUGCUACCGUCAGCCCAUCCGAACAGCUUGAAACUUAGGAUAAAAGUCGACUCGAAUGAGAGUGAAAUUUCAACUGGAUCAUUCAUGAGGACCGGGUGUAUGUCAGCGUUCGAUUCAUUUGACCACUUCGAGCAGUAUUCUGACGAGAUUUUGGAUUUAUUGGAGGAUUUCUUCUCAUCGCCGGCGUUUGUUAGCAGCAAGGUUUUGGAAGCGGUUGAUGCAGCCGAUUCGGUGUCGGACGGUCGCUUGAGUACUUCAAUAAAUGUUUCGCUUUCGGACCAAUCAGCUCGGCCAGCAAAUGCAGAGUCAGAAGAUAAGUCAACAGAACCUAUUCACAUAUUAAGCGUGGCGAUUCGCGACACAGGAGAUAUGGACGACGAUCAGAUGUCACAGAUGUUUGGAUCAUUCUGUAGCCGCCAUCGUGAUGAACUAUUCCAGCGAAGGGUUCGUAGGAUAACUUUCGCUCCAUUGAAAAAGCGGCAAUUCCCCAAGUUCUUUACAUAUCGUGCAAAAGACAACUAUGAAGAGGACAGAAUUUACCGUCACUUAGAACCUGCAUGUGCAUUCCAGUUAGAGUUGAAUCGAAUGCGCACAUAUGACUUGGAGGCUUUGCCAACUGCAAACCAAAAGAUGCAUUUGUAUUUGGGCCGUGCUAAAGUCGCUAAAGGACAAGAAGUUACCGAUUUUAGAUUUUUCAUUCGAUCGAUUAUUCGCCAUUCGGACCUUAUUACAAAAGAAGCAUCAUUCGAGUACUUACAAAACGAAGGUGAACGUGUACUACUCGAAGCUAUGGACGAACUUGAGGUUGCCUUCUCACAUCCUCAAGCUAAGCGAACGGAUUGCAAUCACAUUUUCUUGAAUUUCGUACCCACCGUUAUCAUGGAUCCAGCCAAGAUUGAGGAAUCCGUUACAAAGAUGAUCAUGCGCUACGGCGCAAGAUUGUGGAAACUGCGAGUUCUUCAAGCCGAAUUGAAAAUGGUUAUCCGGCAAUCGCCUCAAGCGCCCACUCAAGCCAUUCGUCUUUGUAUUUCCAACGACUCAGGAUAUUUCUUAGAUAUAACUAUGUAUACAGAAAUCACAGACCCAGAAACUGGAACUAUCAAAUUCCAUGCAUACGGCGAGAAGCAUGGACCCCUACAUGGUCUUCCAAUUUCAACUCCCUACAUGACCAAAGAUUUCCUGCAACAAAAACGCUUCCAAGCACAAUCGAACGGCACAACGUACGUUUAUGACAUUCCAGAUAUGUUCCGACAAAUGACCGAACGUCUAUGGAAGGAAUAUUCAAAAGCCCGACCACAGCUCGAUAUACGCAUUCCAGAAAAAAUACUCGUCGAAUGUAUCGAAUUAGUUUUAGAUGGAGACACGUUGCAGGAGAUUCAACGUUUACCAGGGGAGAAUAAUUGCGGCAUGGUUGCUUGGCGAAUUGUCCUUUCGACUCCAGAAUAUCCUGCCGGCCGGGAAAUCAUUGUAAUAGCAAACGAUUUAACGUAUUUGAUCGGAUCUUUCGGUAUCAAAGAAGAUAUGCUGUUUGCAAAGGCUUCGGAAUUGGCUCGUCAACGAAAAGUCCCUAGGAUAUACAUCUCAGCAAACAGUGGUGCUCGUAUCGGUCUCGCCGAAGAAAUCAAAUCAAUGUUUAAAGUUGCAUGGGAAGAUCCGGAAGAGCCUGAAAAAGGGUUCAAAUAUAUCUACUUGACAACCGAAGAUUACAGCCGAAUUGCUAAUCUCAAUUCGGUUCGUGCAAUUUUAAUCGAAGAUGAAGACGAGCCACGCUACAAAAUAACUGAUAUUAUCGGCAAGGAAGAUGGUCUUGGUGUGGAGAAUCUCCGCUAUGCCGGUCUCAUUGCCGGUGAAACAUCUCGAGCUUAUGAAGACAUCGUUACAAUUUCAAUGGUAUCGUGUCGAACAAUCGGUAUUGGUUCCUAUGUUGUCCGUCUCGGACAACGUGUUAUUCAAAUUGAAAACUCGCAUAUUAUUCUGACGGGUUAUGCGGCUUUGAAUAAACUGCUUGGGCGUAAAGUGUAUGCAUCGAAUAAUCAACUAGGCGGUAUUCAAAUUAUGCACAAUAAUGGUGUGUCGCACAAGACCGAGGCUGUUGAUCAGGAUGGUGUAUAUACGAUACUGCACUGGCUCUCUUACAUGCCGGCCCACAUUGACUGUGAACUGCCUAUCGUGAUACCGAAUGAUCCAAUAAGCAGACCUAUUGGCUUCAUGCCAACCAAAUCGCCAUAUGACCCCAGGUGGAUGCUGGCUGGUCGCCCCAAUCCAGUGAAUCCUGGUGAAUGGGAAAGCGGAUUCUUCGAUCGUGGAAGUUGGUCAGAAAUUAUGGAACCGUGGGCUAAGACUGUUGUAACUGGACGUGCUCGACUUGGAGGCGUGCCGGUUGGUGUCAUUGCUGUGGAAACCAGAACAGUUGAAGUCACAAUGCCUGCCGAUCCAGCGAAUUUAGAUUCAGAAUCGAAGACCCUCCAACAAGCCGGGCAAGUUUGGUACCCAGACUCAUCCUACAAAACCGCUCAGGCAAUCAAAGACUUUGGUCGAGAAGAAUUGCCAUUAAUCAUAUUUGCCAACUGGCGUGGAUUCUCCGGUGGCAUGAAAGACAUGUUUGAACAAAUCAUUAAGUUUGGAGCGUACAUCGUCGACGGUCUACGUGAGUACAAAAAACCAAUUUUAAUUUAUCUACCACCGAAUGCUGAGCUACGAGGCGGAGCAUGGGCUGUGCUCGACCCACUCAUCAACCCUAGAUAUAUGGAAACAUACGCCGACCCAGAGGCUAGAGGCGGUGUCUUGGAACCUGAAGGCACUGUUGAAAUUAAGUAUAAAGAUAAGGAUUUAAUCAAGACAAUACAUCGUUUGGACCCGAUUGCAAUAAAACUGAAACAAGAUCUAGACGUUGCAACGGGUGACAAGCAGAAAACAAAAGAAGUGGAAACGAAACUCAAAGAGCGAACAAUGUCCCUACUUCAAGUCUACCAUACAGUCGCCGUACACUUUGCUGACCUGCACGAUACUCCCGAGCGAAUGCUUGAAAAAUCUUGUAUAAGUGAAAUUGUUGCAUGGAGAGAGUCAAGAGCGUGGCUAUAUUGGCGUUUGAGGAGGCUACUACUGGAAGACCAAUUCGUGAAAUUAAUCAUGAAAACACAGGAAAGCUUGUCUGUUGGCCAAGCGCAAUCUAUGCUCAGGAGAUGGUUCGUCGAGGACAAAGGAAGUGCAGAGGGCCACCUAUGGGAACAAAACGAGGAAAUGGUGCAAUGGUUCGAAGAGCAAACACAUCCCGACUCAGUCGUCUCAAGGAACAUCAACGCCGUCAAGCAAGAUGCAAUCAUAUCUCGAAUUCAUGAAGCAUUGAAGGACUGUCCAGAUGUAGCUCUGGAAGCUGUUGUUGGACUCUGCCAAGCGCUAUCUCCCGUCAACCGAAACCUCGUCGUGCGAACUCUGACUCAACUUGAACUGGGUGAAUCAGAUCCAAACGCCUCCGGAUGAUACUUCACCUCAUGACAAAUUCUACAUCAUCCUUUUGACUGAUCAGAAUGAUGUGUACAAUAUGGUGCGACUGAUUGGAUGUUUCCGCUGAAGUAGCCACAAUGAUCACGUGAUUAAGUUCUCCCAAGUUUCAUAGUUUAUAAGGAUCGUAUGUUCUUAUCUCCGUUCAUUUUUAAAGUGGGAUGCAAGUUCGGACUAUUAUAUUGUUAUUGUAAAGAAUAACUGACAAGAAAUGGGGGAAAAAUACCAAAAAAAAAGAAUAUAUUAUUUGUCUCAUUUCCCCCGAGGGUUACAUUAAUUUAUAGGAAGAAAAAAAAAAUAAUUGUUGAUGCGAAACGAAGUGGGUUGUUGUUAUAAUUUUUCAUGGCAACUUUUAGGAUUAUUCUCUAAUUAUUGUUUAGUUCUUAACACAACUAUGCAAACUUCUUUUUCUUUCUCUUUUCCUUCGUUUUGUAUCUUAGAAAUGGUAUCUGAAGGAAUUGUGUUAAAUAUGACUAGAUUAAUUAUUUUUUUACUCAAUAGGAAUAGUAAAUAAAAAUGAGAAGUAAUAUUUGUAA